AUGGAUGAGGGGGCCGAAAAGGCGACUCGGCGGAAGAGGGUAUCACGGGCGUGCGAUCGCUGCCGAAGCAAGAAGGAUAAAUGCGAUGGUCUCCGUCCGACCUGCUCGGCUUGUCAAGCUAGCGGUCAGCCUUGCUCCUACGAUCCUCACGCGAAAAAACGUGGUUUGCCGGAGGGAUAUGUUCGUGGAUUGGAGAAAUUAUGGGCACUUUCAUUGUGUAACAUCGACGGGUUCGAGGAAACCAUGCUGGCCAUGCUAGGCUCCACGGCGGAAUCUCCAGAUCGUCGAGAAGCCAUGAUGUCCAUCUGGUCCGAUGACGGCGCAUCAGAUAGUCUUCAUGAGACAUGGAAGACGAGCCGAUUGUGUAGCGAACUAGAGAGGAUGCUGUCAACCCCCGAGCAAUCUAUCACUACAGGCAAGCGACCGCGCGCCUCGAAUUUGGAUGACUCGAAUCCACAGGUCGGUGGUCAAUGGGGCUUUCGUAUCGCUCAAGAAUCGACUCCUCUGGGCCCCGAAGCCCCUCAUGUUACCGUACCAACAACCGUCUCAUCCUCCCACGCAAAGCGAGCCAGAACGUCGCUACCUUCGGACGCCCGAAUCCCCUCUCUGUCAGAUACCGGUGCCCAGAUGCUGCGACUACCUCCUCAAACAUCGCAGUUACUCGAUAUUUACUUUGCCGCAACGCACUCCUGGUUUCCAAUCCUCGCCAAACACAAUAUUCUCCGCGCAUCGUAUUUCUACGCAACCGGCCCUCUCUCCAUUUCUGCAGAAUCCAAUGGGUCCGGGGACCAUGCGGCUUUGUGGGCAAUUCUCAGCUACACGGUGGCUCAAGGAUCAGUCAAACCUACGACUAGCCCUUCUGAUCCAUUGAGUCGUGCAAGAGAAUAUUAUUCUAUUUCUCGGGGUCUGCUUCCCUCUGAAAAGGAGCGAUUUGAACUGGGCCAUAUUCAGGCACUGCUCCUUUUGAGCUUGGUCAAUAUCGGUCUGAAUGACUGGACUGCUGCGUGGCUCUUGAGCGGCCAGGCAGUGCGCAUGACCAUGGCCAUGGGUUUAGGUACAUCUAUCGACUCACAUCGGGCCGACGAAGAAAGACAGGGCCAAGCGGUGUUAUUAGGCUGUUUUGUGAUUGACUCUCUACUUUCAUUCCGACUCUCUCGGUCCCCUGCCAUGUCUUCUGAUAACCUGGCGACCGUGGGAUUGUUAGAGGAAGACGGACUUGAGGAGUGGAACUCGUGGAUGGACGUUCUCCCACUGGCACCGCCCCCGACGAGAAACCCUCCUCGUGGAGGGCCCCUUCAAUCUCUCAGCUGCUUUAAUCGAUUGGUGGAGCUGGCGGGCAUGCUCAACAAGAUUGUGCGCAGCGUCUCGUUGGGAGGUCAGGCUGCGAGUAUGAUUCCUCAAAUGUUGAGGGACCUAAAACAGUGGGAGAAUCAUCUUCCGCAAGGAUGUCGUCUAUUUGGCCCAGAAUCCGCCGAUGUCGAGCGUCAAUCAGCUUUGCUUCCUCAUCAGAGCUACCUUGGUCUGACGUAUGUGUCAACGCUGCUCUGGCUACACUCGCGCCUUGCCCCGGCCGAACGAGUCUCAUUGGCGGAUGAUGUGAAGAGAAUCGUUUGCCGUGGGCUGUCGAUGAUCACACAACAUUUGGAGCACUUCCCCAUGUGUGGACUACCCCCGAUAUUUGACGGUGGAUUACGGAUUGUCAGUGAGCAGGCCACCUUGUUGCAACAAUCGAGACAUUCGCCGGACAACUACUCAUCCCGACGUUGGGCGGAGGAAUACCACUCCAGAGUCCCAGCAUUAGCUUCAAUGUGGCCGAUCUAUAGCUCGUACGCAUCGUCGACCGAGCGCUGGCCAAGAUACAGCAACGGCCCCAGAACGGCGUCGGGCUAUGCCCGCAAUGGCUUCUCCUCACUCCCAAGAGACCUAGAUAACGUUGGGAGAGCCACGAGCGUGGUCCAUGGCAUUCAUCCUUCGGAUCAAGCCAGCUUCGCGUUCUCCAUCGUGGCCUCCAGCAAGGAUCAAUCAUUGACCCCUUCCGAUACGACCAUGGGGAAUUCGGAGGUUCCUACGAUGCAAUCAGUCCUCCACCAGCCGGCACUGUCUGAUCGCUUGACGGCGGCCCCGAACAUGGCAGAUCGAAUGUUUGCACCGGGGACCGCGAACCCUCAGCCCCGUACACCAGACUCCUACAUGUCCAGCUCAGUAUUUGGUGGCAAGCCUGCGACAAGUGAUUUAUCUGUACCUGUCCACAAACAAGCUUCAUUUAGCCAUUCUGCCAGUACGAUUACGAGUGAUCUUGAUGCGAUAUUCAAUGACCUCGCAUACCUCGACACCACCGAGUGGUCAAACAACCGCGAGGCUGGCCUCAAAGACUUUGGCUUCUUGGAUGAUAGCACUUUUCAAGCGUUUUGUCAUGACCCCGACCGUCUGUUGGGAUCUCAGCCUUUGGUUCAUCCACCGUCUAUCGAGGAUAUAUGGCCCCCUCCAGGUUUUUUUCCAGAAACGUUCCACGAGGCUGGGAGUCAGCAAAACGGUUGA